UUAUACAUAGUACGUUUCUAAUAUUAUUAUUUUGUAUGAAAUAUGUAUUAUGUUCUAACAAUUCUAUCUGUAUUUAAAUAUCAAUUUUGGAAUAACCAUUUAACGAAACUCAUUUGUGAAAGAUCAACAAAAAAAUAACGAAAAUGGAUCACAUAACGGAUAAAUUAAUGCAAUAUUUUGGUCACCGAAAAUUUAAAAGUGAACUUCAAGAACAAGCUAUAAGAGCUAUUACUAGAGGUGUGCAUGAUGUUUAUGUAUCCAUGCCAACAGGAUCUGGAAAAUCAUUGUGUUUCCAACUGCCUGCAAUGUUACAAGACAAUAAGCUAGCUAUUGUUUUCUCACCACUUCUGGCACUCAUAAAGGAUCAAAUUGAUCAUUUGACUAAGCUAAAAAUAACAGCUGAAUCUAUUAAUUCCAAAAUGAGUGUGAAAGAUAAGGAGCGAGUACUAAAUGACUUGCAUAGUAUGAAGCCGAAUACAAAGUUUCUUUACAUUACUCCUGAGCAGGCGGCUACUGGCACUUUCAAGUCUCUCAUAGACCAUCUUGUCAAGUACAAAAAAGUAUCAUAUAUAGUUGUUGAUGAAGCUCACUGUGUCAGCGAGUGGGGACAUGACUUCCGACCAGACUAUCUAAAGCUUGGGGAAUUAAGAGAAAAAUAUAAAUCAAUACCAUGGGUGGCUCUAACAGCAACGGCAAGUGCAGAUGUAGCAAAAGAUAUUUUAUCAAAUUUAAAAUUGCUUCAACCAGUUGCAAAGUACAAGACUCCUAGUUUUAGAAAGAAUCUAUUUUAUGAUGUGGUUUAUCAAAAUUGUAUUGAAGAUGAAAUAGGGCACUUAAUGGAAUUCUUAAAAAAUAGUUUAAAGGAAGAUGAAAAUGUUAAACAAAAAGACAAAAAUGCUGCAAUUGUUUAUUGUCGAACAAGAGAGCAGACUGAGGAUUUGGCAAAUAUGCUAACAAAAAGGGGCUUGCAGUCUCUAGCCUAUCAUGGAGGUUUGAAGACAUCAGAUCGUAUAGCAGUGCAGGAAGCCUGGUCGUCGGGAGUAUGUCCAUGUGUGUGCGCUACACUAUCAUUUGGUAUGGGAGUGGAUAAAGCCACUGUUAGAGCAGUAGCUCACUGGGGCGUUUCGCAAAAUGUUGCCGCAUAUUAUCAGGAAUCCGGCAGAGCAGGUCGCGACGGUAAACCUGCAUUUUGUCGUAUCUACUACUGUCGCAGUGAAAGAAACGCAGUUGACUUUUUGCUCAAAAAUGAAAUCGGCCGAGCUAAAACACCCGAACAAAAGCAACGUUGCAAGAACGCCUACAAAAGUUAUGAAAUAAUGGUUAAAUAUUGUGAAGAUGUUAGAUGCCGGCACCUGACGUUCGCGGAGUACUUCGGCGAGGAGCGUCCCGCGUGCGGCGGGCGGUGCGACGUGUGCCGCGACGGACGCAGCGUGCGGCGCGCGCUCGAACAGCACUCCCGCCGCGCGCUCUCCGCCUCGCUGCACACCGCCGGCUUCGCACCCGCCGACCACAGCGACCCCGAUCUCUACGGAGGCGGCCGAUACGGACAGAAAAUGGAAACGCAGUCUUACUAUGGCAUCGGUCAUGAUAGUGAAGAGUCUGAUGGAGAAAGUAGUCACCGACGGGUCGGAGAAGAGACCAAAUCCCUUAUUUUAAAAGAAUUUGCUGAACGGAAAAAACGUGUUGAAGAAAGAAAAAUAACCGACACCCCAGAAUCUGCAAAAAAUUCCAAAUGCCGAGCAGCCGAAAGUACAGCCACGAAGGUUAAUGGCUUAACAUUGUCGAAUCGUGAAGGCUACCUUAUCAUACUCACGGAUGUCCUUAGCAAUAAUCUCGCCAAUAUGAAAGGUGUUGACGAACCAAAUAAACCAUUAUCAAAAAAUGACAUAGAGCAAUGCGCUGUAGAAAUGGAAUAUGAAGCAUUCUCUAGUCAUACUGUUGUGAGUCUCUACAGACGGGCUAUGUCUAAAAUGAUUUCAGCAGUAAAGGCUUGUCAGGAUUGCAUUUUCCCACAGCUAAAAGAGUUUGACUCUAAAUCCAAAAAAGAAGAAAGUAAAAUCUAUGAUGGUUUUGUAAAAGCAUCAGAGUUAAGAAAUGACGUAGAGUCUAAAAGCGAAGCAAGGCCUCUUUCUAAGGCCGACAAAGAAACAAAAAGAAAAGCUAAUUCGUUUAAAAAAGACCCACUCACACAAACAAAACUCAAAACCUUCUUUAAAGAAACAUCCAAGAAAUCUCCCAAUGGUGAUGAAAGCGAAAGUGAGAAUGAAAAUAGUCUUGUAAUUGAUGAAAAUAGUUUAAAUAUUUGUAACAAUACAACAUUGAAAUUGAAUGAAGAAUCUACAGAUCAGAAGUCUUACAGUCAUAAUGAUACAACAUUAAAGAUUACUGAAAUCGAAACCAGUGAACAAACAUCCGAUGAUGAAGAAGUGAAACCUAAGACUCUAGUUAUUAAUAUAACACUGCAAGGUGUAUCCUCCAAAAAUAUACAAAAUGAAUCGGAAUCAUCUGAACAAUACGCAGAGGACCGUGACAGGAAUAUUCAAUCACCAGAAAGUAAAAAGGGAUCGAAACGAAAAAUCAAAGAUCUUUUUGGGGACUCUGACGAAAGUGAUAUAGAAUUUAAAAAAUCAAAAAAGUCGAAACAUAGCGACAAACAUAAAUCUGGUAAACAUAAGAAGUCUCACAGUGAAAGUAAAAAAAACACUAAAGACGAAAGUCGAAAGGUUAAAUAUAUUCCAAAAAAAGAAAGUAGGCAUAAAGAUGAUAUUAAGAAACCAAUUCAAAACGAAGUGAAAGGCGUUGAUAAGCAUGAAAAUAAUCAUCACAAUGAUAGCACAAUACUCGUUAAGACGGAAGCUGAAAAUGUUGUAAAAUUAGAAGGUCCCUCAUUGUACUAUAAUUCAGACAGUGAAUCCGAAAAGGAAUUAGUCAUUGAUUUGCCCAAUGAUUCUCUGGUCAAUGACAACGACGGUAACGAUACAGCAGUCGAGCUUAGUCGACACGAGUCGGCAACAGAUAAAAACAUAAGUGAAGAAUUAAAUUUUGUAGAAGGCCCCAUGGACACAGACGACGUUGAACUAUCUAAAGCAUAUAAGCUUAGCAAGGAAGCCGAUAAGGUGCUGGAAUCGUUAAAGCAAUUUGCUGAUUUGCCGCCUAAGCCUGUCGUAAGCGAAGUCGGUACUGGCGUGCAGCAGAAUGAUGGUACUACGAAAAAUAAACCAAUAUCACCAGAACGUCAUCCUAAAAAAGAUAAACAUCACCAUAAACAUGAUCACAAACAUCGGAAAACUCUAAGUUCGAAACAGGAAGAUAAUGCUAAAGUUAACGAGAAAUUAAAGAAAAAGGAUGAAAUACUCCAACACAAAGAAAAAGAUAUACGAAAAGAAAAAUGGAAGCACAAAAAGAAAUCAAACGAACCAUCCACAAACAAAGCAGAAAAAGUAGAUGUGGCAAGUCUGGUUGUUAAAUUGUUAAUGCCAUAUUAUAAAAAGAAAAGGAUUAGCAGCCGCGACCUUUUCAAAAUAACUGCCCGGCACAUCGUGCAUCAACUGUUAGCUAUUCAAGUUACUGAAGAGGCAGCAAUUGCGAUGAUUCUUAAAAAAACAUUUACAAAGGAGAUGAAGAUAGAAAAAGAAAGUGACUUAGCAGCUAAGCUGAAUCUGAAAAAGGACACGUGAAUUAUUUGUUAAUGUAUAUAUUAAUUUAUUAAAUUUUAUCCUUUGCAUAUCUAUAUUAUAUAAAUGCUUAUUUUU